AUGUCUAAGGCUUCGCUUAGGUUUUCCCGGCAGGAAGGAGGUUUAAAGGAAGGACCAAAUGAAGCCCUUCCCAGAGUUAACUGUCUCCAGCUGGAAGGCAAAGCAGGCAGAGACGAAGAGCUGAAAAGCAAGGCAGAUUCCCUGCGAGAGAGGCGUGAGGCCCAGCAAAAUGGACGCGCCGCAGGCCACGGGUCUAGACACCAUGACGGUGGUCUCCUAGUCCCCCUUAGCAGGCGGUCCCCCAGCCCCUCAAGUUCUAAGCCUCCGGUGCAUAGACUAACCAGUCUAGAAAUUCUGUGGGCCCACGCAACAGCUUCCAAAUGUGCUUCUGUCCCUGUGCUCGGUGAGAAUACGGAGAUGGCAGCGGGAAGGAGUGACAGAAGAAUUACCCAGCCAGACCUCCACGGCAGCAGAGACAGGCCCCCGGCCCACUUGACCUUGGGUACAAGGGCUACCACCUCAAUACAGGAACAGGAUAUAUUUGUUGUAACACUUGUCUCAGUUUCUUGGGAACACAGCUAUUGGGGGAGGGGAUGGUCCAAGCUCGGGGAAGGUGAUUUUCCAGGCUGGAGAUGUGAAGGCAAGGUGCUGCAGAAAACAGUUGUCUCCUGCGGCCGGCGCUGCUGCAGCGGCGCAGGCUCUGGUGAUACGGCUGCUGUCAACGCAGGCAGCUGCAUGCAGAGCACUGCCGGGCGUCGGCUGCAGCGACCGAAGGGCUUGUUGCAGUAUUUGGAUGCACAGAGCCGAAGAAGCAGAGGUCUACCUGGCUUUCUUCCGGGAGCUUCAGACCCAGACCACGGCUUUCACAUCGCACCUUCCAAUCCAGGGGACCAAGCGUGGCAGCGGGCUCCCCCUCCGCCAGGAAACCUCCCUCCUGGUCUAGAGUAUUUAAGCCAGUUAGACCUGAUUAUUAUACACCAGCAGGUGGAACUUCUUGGAAUGAUAUUAGGCACUGAGACCGCCAACAAAUAUGAGAUUAAAAACAGCUUGGGACAAAGAAUAUACUUUGCAGUGGAGGAAAGCAUCUGCUUCAACCGUACUUUCUGUUCCACUCUGCGAUCAUGCAUUCUGAAGAUCACCGAUAACUCAGGUCAAGAGGUGAUUACAGUCAACAGGCCCUUGAGGUGUAACAGCUGCUGGUGCCCUUGCUACCUACAAGAGUUAGAAAUCCAAGCCCCUCCUGGUUCUAUAGUUGGUUAUGUUGCACAGAAGUGGGACCCCUUUCUGCCUAAAUUCACAAUCCAAAAUGCAAACAAAGAAGAUAUUUUGAAAAUUGUUGGUCCUUGUGCAACAUGUGGCUGUUUUGGCGAUGUGGAUUUUGAGGUGAAGACCAUUAAUGAAAAGCUUACAAUUGGAAAGAUUUCCAAGUACUGGUCAGGUUUUGUGAACGAUGUUUUCACCAAUGCCGACAACUUUGGGAUUCACGUUCCUGCAGAUCUCGAUGUGACAGUCAAAGCAGCCAUGAUCGGUGCUUGCUUUCUUUUUGAUUUUAUGUUCUUUGAACAUUCACUGGCUGGAUUAUAA